AUGAAUACAUUGUCAGAAUAUAAAAGAAUAAAACAAGCUGUUUUCGAUAAGAAUAAAUUUAACUUGAAAAAAAAAUAUAUACAAAAUGAAAAAGUACGAAAUAAUACUGUGGAAAAUGCUUAUAAUAACCACUAUUUAUAUGAGGUUUCCAAAAAUAAUUAUAGAGAAAACCCCAAUAAGGUGCAUAAAAAUACUGUGAUAGAUUCGAGGAAUGAAUUAUUCGACCCUGUUUUCAAAGGCUAUAAUAAUUUUAGUAAAGAAAAUACAAGCAGCAUAGAAAGAUUGGCAAACUUAAGAUGUACGAAUGAGUCCAAUAAAAGUGAAUAUGAAAAGAAUGAAAGAAGUGGAAGAAGUGAAGGAAAUAUCAAACAGGGCUAUCAAUUAGCCGAUGAGGAAUAUUUGGAUUUUUCGGCACAACAUCGGAGUAAUGAGAAAAAUACUACUGGAAUUGUGAAAUAUGAAUACUGUUAUAUAUGCGAAACAGCGAAACCAUGUUUUUGCGUAGAUGAAAAUUACGACAAUGAUAAAGAAAUUCCUGAUUGGCAUAACACAAAUAUAAAAUCAAAUGUUCACUUGAAUUUAAAAGACAUAUCAUUUAUAAUGGAAAAAAUUCAGUCUACCAAAAAAAAACAAGAAGAGCCACCAGUUAAUAAGAAGAAAAAUAAUUUAGCAAAUAAUUUUUCUGGGAAAAAGAAAAGUGAAAAAAAAAAACCUAAGAAAAUUUUGAGCAUUUAUGAAAGAUUCCAUCGUGAUAAAAUACAAAUUGUCAAGGAUAAAUUAUCUAACUUACGAAAUGGGAAAGAACUAUUAGAUGAAGAAGUUUAUAUGGAUUAUAAAUCUAUAAGUGAUUAUGAAAAGGAUGAGAAUUUUAUGAAAGAUAGAAUGGAAGCUCUAAAAAAUAUGGAAAAAAAACAUUUAGAGUUGUUAUCAGCAUUGCUAUAUGAACACAAAGAAAUGGGAGACCAAAUUUUAUAA